UGGCUCAAGGGACAAAACCCUAGGGUCGGGGGCGUCAAGCCCACUUGUAGCUGAGCAGAAGUCAGAGCACGUGAGGCGCCAUGCCUGAAGAACGACCUCUCACAGCGCUCGCUGGCGCAGUGGCCGGUGCUGUGGCAGGGGCAGCCACAGGGGUGGCCAUUUUUUUGCUUCUCAGACAGAGAGACAAUCGACCUGAGCAAGGACCCAGUAUGCCACAGAACGAUGGAGGCAAUGUACAGGCCAAGGACCAGCGCGCUAAGAAGGCGGGUUUCACCUCAAAAUGGACAAAGCCCGUCGUGAUUGCAAGUCCAGCUUUGGAGCCUUUGGCUAAGGAGGUUCGGAAACGACUGGGAGAAGAAGAGUAUCCAGAAAGUGCCGGUCCUACCGUGACCUUGGAUUAUUUCAAGUCCAAGGAUCCCAACGUAAAGUUUAAUUGGACACGAGUCGUCGGUCGAAAGAUCAUUUUCCUAUUCGACACCGUGGACCAAAGCCGAUUCUUUGAACAGUUGUCUCUUUUGCAGGCGUUGCAGGGCUUUGCUGUACCCGAUGGUGAGGACAAAGGCACCAAGUGGAAGACCUAUGUCAAUGCUGGGGCUUACUCCUGGGGCAGGGCAUCACACAUCACCGUGGUUCUUCCGUGGUAUCGACCAUGUCAGAUGGAACGCACCAGUCGCUGGCACCUCACUGAUGACAAAUGGGUCAAUAACAAUGCAGAGGGCCAGUGGCUUGAUGUGCCCAACGCAUUGUACAUGGCACGGCUGCUCGCAACACCAGGUUCAGUGCCCCCACUGCCGGGCCCUAACAGCUCCAUGGAUGGCAUGCCACUCAAUCCACUUUGGCGUCCACCGUUGGAGCUCCUUUUCGUGGAGCUCCAUGAAGAAGCUCCCGUGGCCCGCUCUGUGAGUGACCUUGGUGCCACCAUUAGGAUGGAGCGCUUCGUCCCAUACUUCUUGGACAAGUUCAAGGGGAAACCCACAUAUCCAGGGCCGAACAACAUGUACAUCCUCUUCCCAGAUCAUGGAGCAUACUCUCGCUAUGCCACGUCUGUGAGAGAACGACUGAAGCUGGACUGGGAUCACAUCUUGUAUAUCAAAAAGACCCGAGUUGGAGAAUCCAUCGGUCAAGAGCAAAAACUUUUCUACGAGGAAGAUCGGACGGAGAAUGAGAAGUCCGACCACUUCAAUGGAAGCAAGGACCACAUUUUGAUUAUCGAUGACUUCACCAACUCUGGUAGUACCCUUUUCGGGGCAGUGAAGCUUGUCAAGAUGUAUGCUGGUGGCAGCGAUCAGAUCAACGUCUCAAUUUUUGUGUCGCACUUGGUGGCGACCUACGAUCCCAAGACUGUCGACAGCUUGAAAGAGAAGCUGCAUGAGUUGGGAAAGCAAUGUCGAUUCUUUACCACCAACUCGAUCCCAAGCACCACAGAUAUGCUGAAGGGGGACGAGCAGGCGACUGUGAUCGACAUUUCAGACUUCAUCGCGGACAUGUGCAGCUAGCAUCAGCUAGUGCUGCUUGUGUGAGUAGUUGCAUUGUUUCACCUGAACAGGAUGGAACAAGAUGCCAAGUGCGCAAAGGGAGAAACCAGUACCUCGAAACAAAUCCCCUGAAAAGGCG